AUGUUAUUGGAAAAGCGUUUAAAUUUUGAUUAUCACCAGAUUUUUGAUCCAAAUGAAUUCGGUUAUUGUAUAAGAGAUGCUAAUCCUGGAAAAUCAUCAUCAAAUAUUAAAGAAUGUGUUGGACAUCAAAUGUUAAAUUUCUUACAAAAUAUAGAAGAUGCUGAAAAUUUUACUUUAAUUAAAGGAUUAAAAAUUGUUAAGGAUGAAAAAGCAGAAAGAUCUGUUGCAAAUGUCUUAGAUCAAGAUCCUGUUGAUUUUAGGGGAAUAUUAGAAAAUGCUGGUGUAAUAAUCAGUAAUAGAGCUUUACAAUGGGAUUUGAAUGGAAUUUAUCCUGGUCUUCAACUACGAAUCGGACCUUCUGCAGAUACCACAAGUGUUUUGGAAUUUGCAUUAGAUCCACAAGUUGAAAGCAAUGAACGUAAUUAUUUAGCGGAAGAACCAUCAACAGCUCGAAUUCUCACAAAGAAACUUUUAUUACCAUUUCUUCUUGGUUUAAAAUUCAAUUUAGUGGCAAUUGUUCCAUUAUUAUUUGCUGGCAUCAUAUUUUUGUGUCAGAAAGCAGCAAUUUUAGCUAAAUUAGCUUUAUUUCUAUCUAGUAUUUUUGGUAUUGGUGGUGCAUUAGGUUUAGGUGCACUUGGGUCAACAACUGUUGAUCAUGGUUUUGGAGGUUUUAGUGGAAUAAAUGGUUAUGGUUUUGCUGGUCCACCUGCUGGACUUCAUCAUCAUUUAAAACCACACGGAUUUAGUAGUGGUUUAAGCGCAUAUUCGGCUGAUACAAAUGAUUAUGAAGGAUAUGUUCGUAAUGAUAGACGUGUAAAAUUUGAUCAACCAAGAGAAUUUCAAGAUGAAGUGGAAAAAUUUAAAUCUUCAGUUACAACACCUACACCAGAUCGAUUCUAUGAUUAUGAAAAAAAUGUUUUAUUACAAGAUCGUCAAUUUAAAAUGUUUGAAAGGCAACAACAACAACAGCAACAAACACAGCAUUAUAAAGGAGUGAGUAAUACUGAGACUGUAAAUUUAAAAAAAUCAAAUAAUCAAAAUAAAUUUGUUUGGAAGGCUUUGUAAAUUUAUUAUAAUUUAGAGUCACUUAGCUAUAUUAUAAUAUUUAAUUAUAAUUUUAAUUUUUUAUUAUGUUAUUUACAAUCGCAUUUAAUUAAAAAUAUUUAUAGAUUCGAUUUAA